AUGCCGGCGUUUGCGCGUUCAGUUACUCCCUUCCUACGGGCCUCUCGCUCUGCAUUGUGUCAAAGCAAUGCCAUCAACCCUCUGCAAUUUGCUCUACGAGGGCAAAAGGGCGCCGCGGUGUUGAACACCGCUCGCACAUAUGCUACAGCGUUUGAGCGGACAAAGCCGCACGUUAAUAUUGGUACAAUUGGCCACGUCGAUCAUGGAAAAACAACAUUGACAGCCGCAAUCACGAAGAGACAAGCAGAGAAGGGACUGGCAAGCUUUUUAGAUUACGGAUCCAUCGACAAGGCUCCCGAAGAGCGAAAGCGUGGUAUCACGAUUUCCACAGCACACAUCGAGUAUGCGACUGACGCCAGACAUUACUCGCAUGUCGACUGUCCCGGUCACGCCGAUUACAUUAAGAACAUGAUUACAGGAGCCGCCAAUAUGGAUGGAGCCGUUAUCGUCGUGGCAGCUUCAGACGGACAGAUGCCUCAAACCAGAGAACAUCUUUUGCUCGCUCGCCAAGUCGGUGUGCAGAAGAUUGUGGUCUUUGUUAACAAGGUUGAUGCUCUUGAGGACCCUGAGAUGUUGGAGUUGGUCGAGAUGGAGAUGCGUGAGCUUUUGAGCACGUAUGGAUUCGAGGGUGACGAGACACCAAUCAUUCUUGGAUCUGCUCUUUGCGCUUUGGAGGGACGGAGACCCGAGAUCGGUGAAUCGAAAAUCGACGAGCUUCUCAAGGCUGUUGACGAGUGGAUCCCGACGCCCGUGCGUGAUCUCGACAAGCCUUUUCUCAUGUCCGUCGAGGAUACCUUCUCCAUUCCAGGACGUGGUACUGUUGUCUCUGGCCGAGUUGAGCGUGGUACUUUGAAGAGAGAUGCCGAAGUCGAACUUAUCGGAAAGGGAGAGCACCCCAUCAAAACCAAGGUCACCGAUAUCGAGACGUUCAAAAAAUCCUGCGAGGAAUCCCGCGCAGGAGACAAUUCCGGUCUUCUCCUCCGAGGCGUAAAGCGUGAAGAUGUCAAGCGAGGAAUGGUCAUCUGCAAGCCAGGAAGCUGCAAAGCCCACAGCGAAUUCCUCGUUUCCAUGUACGUCCUGACCAAGGAAGAAGGAGGCCGUCACACCGGAUUCAUGAACAAUUAUCGCCCCCAAGUCUACCUCCGUACCGCUGACGAAGCUUGUGCGCUCUGGUGGCCAGAGGGAACAGAAGAUGCGGACUCCAAGAUGGUCAUGCCAGGUGACAACGUCGAGAUGAGAUGCGAGAUCCACCACCCGAUUGCCAUCGAAGUCGGUCAACGCUUCAACGUCCGUGAAGGAGGCCGAACCGUAGCUACUGGCUUGGUGACUCGCAUCAUCAAGUAA